GAACGUCAUGCGCGUGUUGCGCGUGUUAUUUUUCUUCCUUUCAUUCGGUCUAAUCGCUUUUUCAUUACUGUAAAAUUAUUAAUUUAUUUUAUUUUAUUUAGAACUUAGUGUAUCCUACUUAUACAAAAUGAAUCCUAUUUCAAGUGAGUUGAGUAUGAACGAUUUAAACUGUAAAUUCUUCGAAAUAAUGCAAGAUGAAGGUGCGGCUGAAGAGGCAACAAAUUUUAUUUACGAGAGUCUUUUGGAUGAUGUUACCGUGGGGUUUUUGUUUGAGUUCCACCACGGGCUGAAAACGGGUCUGACGGAAUUACUUGAAGGCGAAAAAGAAGAUGAGGAAGGGUUCAAGAUAGUGAAUUCUCCAGAAUGCGAUGUAUUUGGAUUUUCCAUUUUGAAGAAGACGCCGGAUAGUAACUGUUCAUGUCCUAACUGCGAGCGUCCGGUUUCAGCCACGCGAUUCGCACCACAUUUAGAGAAAUGCAUGGGAAUGGGGCGUAACAGCUCCCGUAUCGCGUCGCGCCGCAUCGCUUCAAACAGCCGCGAGCCGACCUCGUACGCUGGGCUUCUGAGCGACGAUGAGGACGACGCGGACUGGGCUGGCGGCUCCAUCCAGAACGAGAGGCGCAAGCGCAGGAUCAAAAACAACAAUAGGAAGCCGAAACUUCAUAAGCAUUCCAGUGGCAACAGCCGAAACAACAACGGGAACGCGACCGCCGACGGGAACGACGGCGGCGCCACCUACGAGACGAUGACGGCCAACGAGAAGAAGAAUCUUCUCCUUCAGAUUUGUGGAGUGGUUUCUGAGCACACUAAGAAAUUGUGCACGAGGUCCACCCGCUGCCCGCAACACACAGAGGAGCAGCGGCGCGCGCUCCGCAACGCAGUAUUAGAACCAUCCACGCCGGAGUCGGCGAGCAUGGGCGCGGCGGCCGACGAGGCGGGCUCGCCGCCCGACUCCAGCCCCUCGUCCUCUUGCUCGUCGUCCAGCCGCAAGCGCGACCGCCACCGCGCGCCGCCCAAGAUCAACAAGAGGAACAAGGAACCAGCCAACAGAGACUAAGGAGGCAGAAACAACCGAAUGGACUAUAGUGGUGGGGAUUGGAAAAAACGUUAAGUACUGUAAUGAACUAUUUCUAUUCUGAAAGGUUCAUAUUAUUAGCAUCUAGUAGCCCCAUUUUGACCAUCUCGAGCGAGAAGCCAGCUCUAAUACAGUGAGUGUUUUUUUCCAGACGAUAUUGAGAACAGGAAAGGCCAUAAAACUACCAAUCCAAUUUGUUAAUUGUUUUAUAUUAGUCUUAUUUACAUAAUACAUACACUAAGAUAUCAUUUUUACGCAAAAAUAAAACAUUCAGUCUAAAGUUUGUCUGAUUAGAUAGUGUUUUUCCACCGAAGUUGUAUAAGAAAUUUGGGGUAUAUUUACUUAAAUGAUUGCUCUGGAAAAUUACAUUCACGAGAUAUCUCUCUUACGUACAAAUUACGUAAGCCGGUGGCACGACAUAUUUUAAUCUCUGGCACUAUAGUGAACGCCAUUCAAAUAAUGACUUGUAUUUAAGGAAUCGUGAUAUUUUGUAGUUAGAUAUUCUUUGAAUACGCCAAAUUGUAUCAAAUUAAAAAAUAUUUUGGAAGGGAAAUAUUUUUUCUGCUUUGAAGAAUGUCAGUCAUCAUAACGGCGCGCUUUUAUUGACGUUGGAAAAUUUUAGCCACCUGCCGAAUGUAACUGCUUGGUCAUUAAUGUGUGUAUUAUGUAUGUUAUAUGUUAUUGUAUUAGGUAUUGUGGUAAUAGUACAAUUUAUAUUUCAUUAUUGUCAGACCGAGUCGCAAGUUCUUUUUUGCUGCUGUGUGUGUAACGUUUUUAAUUUUUAGCUAACAUUUAAAAGAUCUUGAUACUGCCAGUAUAAUUUCCCACCGCUAGUGUAUAGUUAAAUCACAUGAAGCAGGUGACUAAAUUUGACCUUUAUAAAUCGAGCCUUAGCACAGGCGUCAGAAGUUUUGUUAGCAUCUUAUUUGUAAUUUUUGAAUGUCCUACGCUUCAGUUUCGUUCUGAAGUGACUGUCACUUUAAUGGAUCGUCCGUCACUAUAAUGGAUGAAGUUCUGAAAGUUGAAAGAUGGUUUAAUAAUAUCAAUGUUGUAUCAUAUUCCUUUAUGUUUAAUAAACUACUUAAUUCUCGACAACUGCAUUAGAGCAGAUUUUCAUAGAAUAGAAAUAAAUGUGUCAGCCAUCUUCAUUUUCGGAACUUAAAAGAAUUCAUAUUUUUUAUUAGGUUAGCAUUAGAUAUUAAGAAACAUUACCAAGAAUAAGUUUAUUUUUACGCGAUCUCAAACAAAUGAUUUAUAGUUAGUA